GGCCGCAGGGUUUGGAACAUGGCGGACGACGUGGACCCGCAACAAACCACCAACACCGUCGAGGAGCCCCUUGAUCUUAUCAGGCUCAGCCUGGACGAGCGAAUCUAUGUGAAGAUGAGAAAUGACCGAGAGCUUCGAGGCAGAUUACACGCUUACGAUCAACAUCUAAAUAUGAUACUGGGAGACGUGGAGGAGACCGUGACCACUAUAGAAAUUGACGAAGAAACGUACGAAGAGAUUUACAAAUCAACGAAGCGGAACAUUCCGAUGCUGUUUGUCCGGGGAGACGGCGUCGUCCUGGUUGCCCCUCCGCUGAGAGUCGGCUGAGACGAAGGCCUCCUCCCGGAGGGGGUUCUGUGCCGUCGCCUCUUCAGAUGCGUGAGACAUUCGGAAGAGAGACCUGCGCGCGUUUAACGUUAAGAAACGACCGAAGGAUUCUUCCACGUCUGGAAUGAGUUGAUGUGCAGAUAACUCCCAAUUUCCUAAGCUAAAUGUCAUUUUUAUUUUUCUCUGACACUUCCAAUAAAUGCGACCACCAAGGU